CACGUGCAGAGAUGUGGAGCGGCUCGCGGAGACGGGCGUGGGAUUUAUUCGUGCCUCUUUCGUUCUCCGUGACAGUCACACCGCGAGGAAGAGGAUGCUGAAGACUUCAGGCAUGAGGAGCAGGAGCCUCGCGGGUCGUCGCUGCACCUGGCUGUGGGUCCCACUUGCCGUGAGCCUCCAGAGGCGCCGGUCGCUCCGUUGGCUGCCCCUCCCUGCGGGUCGGAGGAGACGCGGCGCCCAGAAACGCGCCGCACACGGAGGCCCCGGGGUCCCUGGCAGGAGGAGGCGAAGGGAGGAGUUGAUCCUACGUUCCCAGGUCCGAUCUAGCAUCCCGGCUUCAACCGCAACAAGCACCGUAGAGUCCCUGGGAGACAGCCUUCUCCCUGGUGCUGCACCCGCCCUCAAAGGUCGAGGGCAAAAGGCGAUGGCGGCGAAGGGCAGAGCUAACACACCGUGCCAGGAGAAGUGGCUUAGGCAGGCACCCAAACACCGGCGGAGGGCUCGAUGCCUGCUGAUGAGGCCAAGGAGGUGGAGAGUCAGCGUCUCUCCCUGGGGCACGACAGGGGGGACUCUUCUGCGCUGGCACAGGGAGCGCAGGAAGGCAGGAAGCCGGACCCAGAGGGCGGAGCCAUACCGCUCCCUGUCUGCUCCCGCCUCAGCGAGCAGCUGUGUGGCCAAAAAGCCAGAGGUCCGGUGCACUCCGAACAGCGAGCCUUGGUUGGCAUGUGGACACAACAGCGUGGCUUCAGAAGAGGAGCCCACAGUGUGCAGAGCUUUCCUGGUCCACAUGUCCCAACCAGGGCAGCAGGGCGGCAGUUUGCCUCUCCUCAGCGGCAGAACUCUGGCACCCAAACCCUGCAGCUCCGCUGGGCUGAACCAUCCCUAUGUGGACCAAACGGUGAGACGAGGACGAGACACAGAGGGGAGGGGAGAGAAUGGCCUUACGGUGGAGAAGGUGCUGGAUCCCAUCGAAGGAAGUGCUCCCCAGGCACAGGGUACGAAGGACUUUGAAGGAAAUGGCCACACCUCCCUAUGCCUCACCCCCCCACUGGAGGACUGCGAGGCCACUGGUGGUGAAAGAUCUGAAGUGAUACAGGAGGUGGCUCCCAAAAACCAUCAAGUUGGCAAGAAGGAGUUAAUGGAGCUCAUUCAUGAAUUUCUGGAAGACUUCUACAAAACAUAUGGAAGCUUUAUCCCCUUGAGCAGAGGUGAUGUUCUGGACCAUCUGAGGCAGAAGUUGAAGAGUGACCUCAGCGCCUGGAUGGUGUUCAUCAGCAAGGAGGUGGACAGGUACCAGGUGGUCAUCACCGCCGCACACCUCCCAUGUUUCACAGUGACCCACAACAGACACAUGCUGACCCUGGAUGAUCUGACCACGCUGGACAGCCAGAACUGGGUCAAUGACCAGGUGAUAAACAUGUAUGGAGAGUUAAUAAUGGAGGCUGUUAACCACAAAGCCCAUUUUUUCAACACCUUUUUCUACAAUCAGCUUGCAACCAGAGGGUAUGAAGGAGUGAAGCGAUGGACCAAAAAUGUGGACCUCUUCUCCAAGACAUUGCUGCUGAUCCCCAUCCACUUGGAGAGCCACUGGAGUCUGGUCAGUGUGGACCUGGUCAGCUACAGCAUUCAUUUCUAUGACUCCCAGGGCCUCGUGUUUCAGCAAGCCAUGGAGAGCAUCUUACACUACAUAACGACCGAAGCAAAGGAGAAGCAGCAUGCAGCAUUCCAAAGGGGCUGGGUGCUGAUGACAAACAGGUGGAUGCCUCAACAGAAAAAUGAUGGUGACUGUGGUGUUUUCCUUCUAGAGUACUGUAAAUGCUUGGCUUUGAGAAGGCCAUUGAGGUUCUCUCAGCAGCACAUGCCCAAAAUCCGGAAGAGGAUCUAUAAGGAGCUCUGUGAGUGCAAGCUCACCCAAUGAUGCUGACCUUUGACCU